CCGGAACGUUGAUACUGUCCUGCUCGUUACGCGACCGGGGGCAACUGCUUUCAGUGAGUGGCGCGCGUAAAUACGAUGUUUCGUUGUUUGAUUCGUCCGAAGUAACGGAAUUUGAGGGCCGUUGAGAUCGAACGCCGCCAGAGUGUUGUUGUAUCAAAUAAUCACAAUCUGAAUCUGCGAAACUUACCUGAAGUGUUAGCGCGAAGUAAGCCUGUGUCUUCGAGAGUAUAUCAUGCACUGUUCAUCCAUUGUGUAUCAAGGUGGCUGAAAAAGGCAUCAACUCCAGCGAACGACGAUGCAUUUUUCAACGCACAACAAGAGGGCAGAGGAAAAUUAAUGAAAACUACGGCAGUUAAAUUGAAGCGCAUCCAGCCGAGCCCAGUUCAGACUGAAGUGAUUGAUGAAUAAUUAAAAUAGCGUGAAAACAGUGAUCCCUAGAAGCCUCGCCAGUAGUGUAUCGUGGUGCCAGUGUGGUGUUAUUUAUUCGUCGUGCCUCCGCCGCAGUUGUGAACCUGUGCGAAAACUGCGGCACAGAGUUUAUCCGCUUCAACUGCAGUAACUUCAUCGGUUAGUGAACAUGUGAUUCAGGAGCAGAAGGAUGCAAACUGCAGGCAGGCCCAGGAUCCGAAAAGCCGCUACUGUUGUUUGUCGGUGUAGAUGUCGUGCCAAGAAUGUGAUGCCUGGCGGUGGCGGAAGCCGGACUGCUGAUGAGUUCGUUCGUCCGCAGCUGUGCCAAGGCUAGUUGAGUGAUGUCCUUCGGCGGAAUUAAAGUUGCUUUUACUGAAUAAAUUAUUCGUCUCUGAAGUACUUGUAACAGCGAGUGAAAAAGGAUUCUGUUAAAAAAAUAAAGAAAGGGGAAACGAACUGCUCGUGCCUCCGAGCUAGAUCCAGUGUUUGACGCAUAUAUUGAAAGGCUUCGGGUCGUUAAAAAAGGAUCAGCAUCGACACUGAUUUUUUCUCCUUCCACCACAUCUUCCCGAACAUAUCGGAACGGCAGCUAGUAGUUCAACAGCAACGAUGGAAACACGAAUAGGAUUACUGGGAUUACUUUUCUACUAUUGCGUUGUGAUUACCACCGUACUUAACAUCAUCAGCGGCGAAGUUCAGUCAUACUGGGAACAGCCCUACGCCCAGCCUUACUUCGACAAUAGCACCAAACGGGAGGUGACCGCAACGGUCGGUCAGUCGGCGCUACUUCACUGCAGGGUGCGAAAUCUUGGAGACCGAGCGGUGUCCUGGAUUCGGAAGCGUGACCUGCACAUCCUGACCGUUGGCAUUCUCACCUACACCAACGAUCAACGAUUCCAAUCGCUGCACACCGAAGGCAGUGACGAGUGGACGCUGAGGAUUACCUCACCCCAGCCCCGAGAUUCCGGCACGUACGAGUGUCAAGUGUCAACCGAACCGAAAAUUUCGCAAGCCUUCCGGCUUAACGUUGUAGUUUCCCGAGCGAAGAUCCUCGGCAACUCGGAGCUGUUUAUCAAAAGCGGAAGCGACAUCAACCUCACGUGUGUGGCCCUGCUAUCGCCGGCGCCGCCCUCCUUCAUCUACUGGUACAAGGGUGGCCGCGUGGUUAAUUACUCCCAGCGUGGCGGAAUCAGUGUGCUCACCGAGCGGCAAACCAAGACGAGCAAAUUGGUCAUUGCACGUGCGAUGCCGUCCGACUCCGGCAACUAUACGUGCUCCCCGAGCAGCUCUGAUUCCGCCAGUGUGGUCGUUCACGUCAUAAACGGCGAGCAGCCAGCCGCAAUGCAGCACGGGAACAGCAGCGCCAUCAGUAUUUCAAUCACGGAACGUAGUUUUAGCUUAGGUUAUCUAUCGGCGCCGGGUGGUAAAAAUUUAUUAAUAUCAUUAACGUCGUCGUGGUUUUGUUUGAUACUACAAUCGAUAUGCCUAUACGGCACCUUCAGGUGAUUUAUGCCGUGAAAACUCUCAACAGCUCUGUGUUAUUGUCCCCUGGCUCAGGCCAUUGUUCCGGUUUGCGUAAUAUGUUAUUUCAUUAUUCAAAUUCGGUUUCGGUUUCACAACCCGUUAGCCGGAACACUGAGUUACGCCCGGUAUAAAAGGAUCCUAUAGAUAAAGAAAGGGGGUCAAACCAGUUCCUCUGUGUAAUAUAACGCGUCGCAGCGAAAGCCAUCGCUGGAAGUUUGCGGAUUCAUGCUGUUCACCCCCAUGUAAUGAUGAUGAUGGCCAUGUUGAGUAAUUAGUUUUAAAUCUUAAUAAGGUUUUUACGAGACGUUCCCAUCAACGGACAACCAUCCUUUACCGUUGCAGUGGAUGCUGCACUGUUUGGAUUUUUAUUAGCGAGAACAUAAUGAAAGAUAGAACAAUUUGCGAAAGGAUGCUCGUUUAAUUUCGAAAUGAUACAUAAUGGAACGUGUACACGAGUAGAUCAACCGAUGUCACGUAGGACAUCGAUUACACUGUAGGAUAGCGAAAUUCCAAGAAAAUGACAGCAAUGGUACAUGAUUCAGCUCACAUCCAACAUGCGAUCAUUUGUAAAAAGAUAGGUUAGCUCAUGUAAUCGAUUCGUAACAUAAAUCAUAACAAUCGCGAUAAAUCCCGCAAUGUUUUGUUGUAAAGCUUUUUGUCCCUCCUAGCGAUAAAGGCUGCACCUAGUGUACUGUUGAACUCAUUUCGUCGCGGGAAAUGUAUCGAUGGUGAAAAGACUAGAUAGCCGCACGACUUAACUAUUGGCGAUCUAACGUACAAAUCUACACCUAGGCGGCGCUGCGGUGAAAGUGAUGAUGGUUUUAAAUUUUGCCAUGUGAGCUUAUGGAAGGUUUGUAGUUCUUUCCAUAAAUUACAAUGUCAUAAUCAUAAAAGAUUAUUUGAUUGCGAUUAGUUUGUAAGAAAUUUAAUUCUGCGCAAUUUUAUAUAUAACAUGUUAUUUAUUUACCUCUUUCAGUAGUGAAAACUAUAAAAAUGUUGACAAUGGUUGAAUUAAAGAAGUAAAUUCGAGAGCACAAUCAAACACAAGCAGAAAAAUGUACGAUUCCUGCAUGUGAGAACUACCUUGGAAAGCCCGGAAGUAAAAUAUACUUGAUUUGUUUUUGAGUUUUAGGUUACAUUAGCAUCGUUUUCUUAGUUCAAAAACAAAAUCCAGAUGUUUCACCGAUCGUUUACGUUUUGCGUUAGAUCGCCAAUUGACGAAUUUACGCAAAGCUGAAUCAGCUCAUACGACAUCUACAUUAGAGCUCAGAACCACAAAAGUGAGGGUGUAUGUUUAUUUUACGCACUGAAAAGCAAGAUUCGGUGGAGAUUAUUUAUUUUAUUUCAAUUUAGAUUCAUUUCAGCCAUUGAAUAUCGUCAGUAUAUGGUAAGAAAGUUGGAGUUUUGUAUAUUUACGAUGGGUUCAACACGCGAUUUGACCAAAGUCAUAGAUAAUUUUCGAAAAUUUUAAGUUUGACAAUGCAUACCGGUUAUUGAUACUAUGGAUAAUUGCAAUUAAAUCGAUAUCAUAUCAAAUUGGCUGAUAUCAUUGAUUAUGUAGGGGCCAAUACGAGAAGAAUUUGCAGUAUUUUUAGCACAAAACACCCUAUUCAUCGUUUACUUAGUUGAAAAAAAUUAAAGUUACAAUACUUAUAACAAGCCAUUCCUCGUAAUAUACAUAGCACAUUGUAAAAUGAUGAUUUUCUAACCUUUUCAGUGUGGAAAGAAUACAUGAAAUCGGGAAAUUUGAAGAUAAAUUCUGAUUUUUCUAGAAAAAUUUGAACGAAUUUCAUACCAAAAAAAACAAAACAUCCUCAUUUUACUCGCUGCGCCAUCUGGUUGUAAAUCCAACGUAAAUUCGUCAAUUAGUGAAUUCGUUUUUAAACUGAGUCAGUGCCAAACUGACUCUGUAAUAAAAAAACGUUUUCAGUUUCACGAAUGCGAUGGUUUGUUUUUUUUAUCACUUUUGUUUAUUUUAGGCUCAUUAGCAUUUUAGCUGUAACAGAGCCGAAUUUCAAUCGUGUACAUGUCACAUGUUUAUCAUAUCUAUAAUUAGCACAUUACACAGUUGCCAUGUUUUCGGCGUUAGAGUAUUCCCUUCUAUACCAUUGCAUAUGGUACACAUUUUACACAGUUGCCAUAUAGGCGUAAGAGUUUUCGUUCUGUUCUUCCAUUAUCCAGUUAGACCGGACAGCGGAGACAGUUGAUUGAUCAUUGUUGAGUUAUUUAUAGAACAGCAGCCCGAUGUUUCUUGCAGAGCAGAGCAGUUGUAUGGAUGAAUCGAUCUUAUUUCGACCGUGGAUCGAUCUCCAUCGCUGAUGAUUGUUGCGUGGACGUAAUUAUUCUGUAACAACACAAAGAUGGUCAAUGAGGGCCCUGAGUUUUGAACUCACGAUCGAUCGCUUACUAGGCGAACGCGCAACCAAUGUGGCUACGGAGACCCCCCGAAUGCGAUGGUUUGUUGGUGUGCGUUAUAUAGUCUGAUUUGUUUAUAUUUGCGACUACAUAUGUACAGUGUCGACGUCUGGUGGCGAUAUUAGUGCUUGGGAGGUAAAUUAUUCUCCUAUCAGAUCAGAAGGGCCAAGUGCAGUGUAAAAAUAUAAAAGUUUGAAUGAAAGUUUUCACUUCAUAUUGUUUGAUUACCUUAAACAUGUGGUUCUGACACUCACUUAACCAUUUGUCGAUGCAUUUUCUGUUUGUUCUACAAAUAAUUACUAUUAUAAUAUAAAAUCAUCAUUAGACACAGUUUUCGUUCAAUAUUAUUCUGCGAUAUCGGAAAAAAACCUCUUAUUUCAUCACAUAAAAUAAAUAUUCGACACGUUAAAGUAAAUUUUGACGUGGCACUACGUCUAACCGGAGUAUAUGGGGGGUAAAAUGGAAACCUCAACACAGAACAUACAGGAAAAAAUGAAAGAUUCCGAAUGCUUAUAACUCGAACAUUUCUUACUGGAUCGGAAAGAUGAAUGCAUCAAUUGAUAGGGAAUAUUUCUACGCUUCUGUCGCAAUGUAUAAAAUGUUAUUUUUCAUUAGAUAAACAAUUGAACAACUGUAUAAUGUUAAGCGUUAUCUAAACGCCCUAACUGCCUCAUUUUGAUUGGCCCGAUCUACGGUUUUCCUAACACAGCCAUCUAAACCAAGCAGCCUUGGGGAAAUCGGCAUUGUAAAUACAUGAAAGUAUGGGAACUUUUGUUCUUACCGAAAUGUGUUCCCUAACACAGACUUCAAAACCAAGCAGCGUUGGAGAGAUCGGCAUUGCAAAUACAGGAAAGUCAGGGGUAUUUUUGUUUCGACUGAAAUGUGUUUCCCUAACACAGACUUCUAAUCCAUGGAGCGUGGGGAAAUCUGCAUUGCAAAUACAUGAAAGUCGGGGGUAUUUUUGUUCCGACUGAAAUGUGUUUCCCAACACAGACUUUAGAACCAAGGUGUCUGAGGAAAUUGGCAUUGCAAAAUCGUGUAAGUCGGGGGCAUUUUGGUCCGACUGAAAUGUGUUUGCCUCUAACACAGACUUCGAAACCAAGAUGUCGGCUCAGCAAAUAAAUGCAAACUGCGAGUACUUUUGUACUCGCUUGCCUUUGUGCAAGUGCCUGAAGUUCAUCAAAUUAAGCAAAUUCGCGGUUCGAGAAAAACGUAUACUUGAGAGAUGAACUUCUGAAGGAAACGAGAUGAACUUCUGAAGGAAACGUAAAAUAAAAUAAUCGUUUGAUAAUUCUUUCGUUCACAUAUUUUGUCCUAGGCAUCAUACCAAACGUAAAAGGACUGUCAUUAAAUUUACUUGUAACGAAGAACAUAAUCUAUCACAAUGCAUGAAUUGACCUUUUAUGGAAUUAUACAAUAUUUUUACUCACAAAACAAAUAUAUUGAAUUCAAUUGAAUUGUUUCAUUCUAUCAAAAAUUUAAUCAAUACAAACGAAUGAUUGCUACGCUAAGGCAGUCCCACGUCAACCUUGCGGUUAUAUCAUAGAUAUAACCCACCCAUUUUUUCAUUCAUAAUUUUGAUUUUGAAAGCAGAUUUAUUCUACCUGAAUAUCCAUCAUUAUUUUCGCCUCCCAAUGAGAGCACACGUAGCUUAAUGCCGUCUAUAUACGAAUAUACUCUUCAAAAUCAAAAUUGGAUUACGAUUCCAAUAAUACAAAGGCAAAAGCAGCAGGUUUUCCAUUUUCAUAGUCUUUAUUUUUAGAUUUUCCAAAACAAUACUCGGAACUUGACAGUUCAGUAUAGUUGUAUUGGUGAACCCGAGUGCCAACCCGUGAAACAUCUCAGUGCGAGUGCGAAACUAACAGCUUUCGGGGCCAACCAGUGCGACACUGAGUGCGCAACUGAGUGAAUAAAACAGGAAGUGGGUUAUAUCUAUGAUAUAACCGCAAUGGUGACGUAGGACUAUCGUUGAUUUAGUGAUCAUUUGUUUGAAGUUGAAUCUGAAUCCAUUUUGUAUGAAUGAAUAAAUGAAUAUUUGGGGGACUUCGAAAACGAGAGCGUUACGUUGGAGGUACAAGGUUUUAUGCAUCUAAUAUUGGACACGAAAUAAUAAUCUUCAGAAGCUUUCCUGCUAAUUACACUUGAUUGAAAAAUCACAGAACUAAAUGUAUUUGGUCGCAGUGUUAUCUGGUUAGAAAACAUUAAAAUAAACUCUUUAGCUUGCAUGUUAUUUUCAAUGCCAAGGAGAACUGGCGGAUUAUUUUGCAGCAGCGAUAUUUUUCCGGGUUAUUCUCGAAGUCCACCACCAGUGGUUAAUGCUAACUCGAUAACUACCUCUUAAUUGCACUUGAUUGAAAAAUCACAAAACCAAUUGUAUUUGGUCGCAGUAUUAUAUGGAUAGAAAACGUUAAAAUAAACUCUUUCGCUUGAAUGUAAUUUGCAAUUCAAAGGGGAACUGGCAUAUUAUUUUGCAGCAACGAUCACUUCCUUCCAGAUUCUUCUAUGUGUAUUCUGUAUGUGUGUAUGGCGGUUGCUCCGAUGCCUCAAGCGGAACCAAUUUUCGAUGCUGGUAUUCUCUCGGUCGUCUUCUCUUUCUGAUGGAUCGGCUUUUCUGCGCUCCUUCACAGUCCCAAACAAACGCAUUUAGAUCAGGUCAGGCGAUAUAAUAAAUCCCUCGAUCCCUCGCCGUCCAGCUCAUCCAGCCCGUUCAGUUCGUUCAGUUCGGUCAGCUCGUUCAGUAACGAUGUUGUCUUGUCGAUGUCCUCACGAAAAAUGAAUGCGAUCACCACCAGAAUAUCGCUUAAGUAUGCUUUUUGUCCGUGAUUGAAUCGAAAGAAGGUGUGGUUUACGAUGGCAAUUUGGAAGGCAAACUAGAGACGAAUGAACUCUUAGUUUGAAACUUUCGGCGACUGAGCAAUAAUUGAUUGAAAAUUAUAUGAUUUUCGCGAUGCGAAACAUUUUCCAUUGCGCGCGCAAACUGUAUUCCAUACGAAAAUAUUCUACCGAUGGGGGAGAAUAAUCUUCAGAAGCUUUCCUGCUAAUUAAUUACACUUGAUUGAAAAAUCACAAAACCAAUUGAAUUCGAUCGCAGGAGUACUAAAUGGUGUGUCACAUCAAAUUGCAACACGGAAAAAACGCUGUAGAAAUUCGCCCAGUAGACCGAUCCUUUUGAAAAUUUUAGACAGUAAAAUAAAAACUAUUAAACAACUUUUGGCAUUUUCUUUUUAUUCAUACUUCGAGCCCAAGCCCGUAUGCUCGCACCUUCCUCUUUACCCCGUCCAUAACGUUCUGUACAACGUCAGGUUGUAGUUUUUUUUUGAACAGAAAUCCAUUUUCUCUUGAAGUCCGCCUCCGAUUUGACAACUUUUGGGUUCAUCCGGAGGGCCUGCUUCAUAAUCGCCCAAUAUUUCGCUAUUGGGCGAAGCUCCGGCGCGUUGGGCGGGUUCAUUUCC